AUGGCUUCCCAUCACCGUAGUGGAAGUGGCACCCGCCUCUGGUAUGCCAAUUCCACUCGCACAAGCAUCGGCCUCUGUGAUGGUGCUGGAGUGAGAAUCGUCAGUCCGCGCUCGUCCUUUGGACAGAGUGAUUUAGACUGGUACCAUCAAACCUCUGCAACCGGACAAAAGUUUCAAAGCCCCGGCUUUUCUGUCAAGCUUGGAGGCGAUGCCAGAAGUCUCAGAGACUACCUCAACAAACCUUUGCCUGCGCUUCCCUCAAGCCCUCGCUCAUACAGAAGUGUCACUUCUGCAAAUGGCACCGCAAACAGCUUUCAAAUCGCUACUCCCCAAGGUCAAGUUGCUCUCUACGAUGUUCGCUCUUCCAUGGAGUUGGACAAUUCCUCAGCGGCUGAAUUUGCCCUUGCCAUGACUGGAGUUGAUCUCGAAACCGACGCUAUUUUGGACAACCACUUUACUGCAAAUGGCAUCCACCUGGAAGGUCAUUUGACUGUGAACCAACCUGAAGCGGCAGAGAGAGAAACGUUGACUGAAAAAUUCUACGCUGGUACCAAAGCUGAGGAGGCCCCAGGCUUGUACUACGCUCCUAUCAUUGAUGAGGCUUCUGGCUAUGCCAAUUACCGGGAGGGAAUGGAUGAAUUUCCCGACAUGUGGCAGCCCAGCAAGACCAAGAUCACCAAUCCCCGAAAGCAAGUCGAGGUUCUCAUCUCUCCCAAGGCCAUGGCCAAGCCUAAGCCCAUUCUCAAGCCCAAGUCUCGCAGAGCAAUGAAGAAUGUCAUACAAAUGGUAGACGACGACUCGGCUGAUCGUCUGUCUCGUAUGAUCUUGACUCCACCCGCCGACCAGCUCGCUUUUACAGACACGUUGAUCAAGGGCAACAAGCGGACUGCUCUGAAUAAGCGGGCCGCUCCAGAGUCUUCACCUGUUGCAGCAACCCAAUAUUGGAUCGAGGAUGACGAAGAUGAUCUCUUGGACGUUCUUCCAAGCAAGAGACUUCGAGUCACAGAGCACACCGCUGACCAAGAGAUCCCAUAUGCAAACGGCUUCCGGGCUGUUUCCGUUCACAGUGAUGACUCCGACUACUCUGAUUUUGACGAGAACUCGAAAUCAGCCAAAUCUGCUGCGUUUGGAAUUCCCAGCCCGAAGCGCACCUCAGUGACUCUGACCAGUUAUCCUGGCCAAUUUCCCAGCUUCGAAGUCCCCUAUCUCAAACGCAAACAGGAACGAAACAUCCGUAGCGACAAAGUUUCAACUUUCCCCUUCGGCGAUCCGUUCCAUCCCAACAACAUCUACACACACACCAACUUCAUCCCUGACCCAAACGCCGACACUCUUGAUUACACUCAGGAGAUGAUGGACCGCAUGCCCACACGUACCAUAGCAUGGGAGCACGCAACCACCAUGUCAAGCCGUGCCGCAAAAGUCCUGACUCGCACUCCAUCAGAGGAGCACCUGCGUCGCGAGGCCCAUCUUGAGUGUGCCGGUGCGCGUCUCGAAGGUGUCACUGUCGGCGAAUAUCGCUACUAUCAGGGUCACAUGAGUGUCGAGGAAUAUGUUGAAGCAAACAUGUGUGUCUGCUGGGGUGCUUGCAUCUGCAGCAAAUUGUGCACACGAUUUGGUGACGUGAUUUGCCCCUGCAGCAAAGACAUCUUGCUCCCUGAAGAUUGA